AAUCACAGAAGCCCUAGGAGGCAGAUGGCGUCUUUACGGGCUUGGCAUUGUGUAAUGAACAGGCGCAAGAGCCUAUCAGAAGGUAGUAUGAGAAAACCAAUUACCAAUUGAAGAAGAGAGGCCGGACCCUGUAUACGGAUGCCGUAAUGAGCCACACGUUUUCAAGAUGAGUUCCCAGAGGGGCAAUGUGAAUCGAUCUCGGGCACAGAAGCAUAAGAACGUGACGGUAUAUAAAAAUGACAAGUAUGACAGCAGCGGCUGGACAAAGAAAAUUAAUGCAAAGCUACACGAUGGUGUAUGUCAGCAUUGCAAAGAUGUGCUAGAAUGGCGUGUAAAAUUCAGCAAGUACAAGUCCCUUUCUCAUCCUAAAAAAUGUGUCAAAUGUCUGCAGAAGACCGUUAAGGAUGCUUACCAUAUUAUCUGUAAGCCAUGUGCUGUUCAGCACGAACUUUGUGCCAAAUGUGGAAAAAAGGAGGAGGUUGUUUUACCAAUUGUCAAAUUGCCAGAGGCUUCAAACAGUCCAUGUACAACUAACAAUCAGGAGAAUUCAAGUUGUGAGGAGGAAGAAGAAGAAGUAGGCAGUGAUUUCGAUCUUGACAUUGAUUUGGAUGCCUCUGAUGAUGAAGUCAAAGAAGGAAAGAAGAGAAGUAAAAAAACAUCUAAAAAUAAGGCUCCAACUGGAAGCUAGCAUCUUUUAAUAGCUGGAACACUUAGAAGAUCUAACAAGACGGCUCUUUUUGUGGACACUUGCCAUCAGCAAAAUAUCACCGCAUCAUAUUAUAAUUUAAUAUUUGAAUCCCAUGUACUCUGUUUUAUAAUUGAUGUUUCUUUCAGCAAUUCCAAGAAACCUUUAGGGUUAUGUACCCUCUUCCUUGUAAAUGGUGCUGGCUUCAGGUUAAAAAGGACAUUUUAAAUAAAAUUGUGUAUAACCGCUUUUCUUAGGUGUGUAUUAAUGUGUGCACCUACAUUUGUAAAGCAAGUAGAAAGAUAGGGACACUUUUGCCAGUAAAGUGUGGUGAUGAGAGGCAAUAAAGUGGGCCUGUGGCUGGAGAGAGGGUUUUUUUUUUUAGUUGUUGUUGCUUUAAUUUUCUACCAAGCUCAAGUGAAGUGAACAUUACAAACCUUGAGCCUCUGGAAACACAAUAUACUUGGAAGGAAAUAUGCACACACCAGGUACAAGGAAAUACAAUCCUCUAUGCUAGCAUAAAAAAGUGACGAGCAUUUUAUAGAACAUAUAAAAAAAAAACGUAUUCCUAGCACUACUCUAGUGAAAACUGCAUUAUUCUGGGGCACAAGAAACUUAUUGUUAUGCUAGCGAGUUCCAAUAGUAAAUUCAAAUCACAGGUAACUGUUUGCCUUCCAAUUGAAAAUUUGUUGAAAUCCAGAUGCUUUUUUAUAGAGACAAGAGGUCAUUUUGAAAUUUACUUAUACAGAAAGUUAACCUUUGUUAUAUUUACCAAAUUUCAGACCUAACAGCAGGGCCCAACAUCGGAGGGUGGGGGGGAGGGAAAUAAUCACCUCAGGCCCGGUAAAUUUUAUGGUUAAAGGUGGGCCCAGUUUUGCUGCAUUUUCCAGAUUAACAGGGCCCCUCUUGAGAGAGCGCAGUAUGCCGAAGAGCCAAAGCCGGCAAAAGUAGCUGCAGAGGAAAAGGAAGAAGGUUGUACACAAAUUUAAGGUAAAUCCACUAAACACCAAUGGGUUUUUGUUUUUUCAUCAAACCCCUGUCCAUCAAUUUUUUUUUUUGGUCUUUCAAUUGAUUUUUAUUGACUUUUUUUUCUAUCAGUAUAUGUGGGAGCGGAAGAAAGAAAAAGGGACGGGGAAGGGGUAGUCAAAUAUCAAUCACGUAGUUGUAGCUGCAUUGUAGCAUUAAACGGUUACCAUGCGUUAAUAUGUCUUAAUUUCAGUAUUCCUAUGCACAUUAUAAUAUAACGGUCUAACAUAGAUUAAGACAUCCACCAGCUAAAUUCAUGUUCACAUUGGAGUAUUAUAGAGAGUUACAGUAAAUGAUAACUUCCCAUAUGUAUGUUUGUGGGCUUCUUUCUCUGAGUUACUUGGUCUACUGGGCUAGACAAGUCAAGUGCACGGAGGGCUCUUUAUCCUGUCAUAUUGGGAUCAUUGGGCAAUAUUUUGUUUAUAUGUGUCAGUCUCUUUGAAUAAAAACCAGCGUAACCAAG